AUGCCAAGGCUAAAGCCAGAGCGCCCAUCUGAUGUUUACGAUAAAAUACUUUUGGUUAUAAAAAUAUGCUCUCGAUUGCUUGGCGUUGACGUAACCUCCAAGGAUUUCAAAGUCAAUUCAAAAACUGCGUUUGUCAUGGUAGCUAUUUUCGCGUAUUAUCUUUGCUCUGUGUAUACGAUCAACAAAUAUAUUGCUACGGAUUGGACAGUGAUGUUGGAUGUCUUCUCACCCGUAAGCUGUAACGCUCAAGGUAUGGUGAAAUUGAUGUCGGCGUUGCUGUACGCAAAGCUUUAUCGUAAACUUGCUGUGCAACUUGGAGAAAUCUAUGAGAAAUACCAAGUAAUGGGCAAGAGAUACGAGGAAAAAUUGGUGGAAUGGAAUAGGAAUAUGAAAAGGAUUUUAAUUACAAUCGGAGUUGCUUAUUCGAUAACGGCGCUAAUAAUUGUAUGCACACCAGUGGUAUUGUAUAUCCUCAAAGGCGAACGGCACCUGGUAUUGUUAUGUGAAGUACCCGGUUUCGAUAUUAAUUCACCGCAUGGUUAUUGGGUUAAUAACGGCUUUAAUGCAAUGUGUGUUCUAAUAGCAGCCUUCGGAUUAUACGCUGGAGACUUGUAUUUAUUUCUUUAUUUAACGCAUUCAAUAUUCUUUUUUGAUAUAUUCAAACUCAAAGUAAGUGACCUCCAUGAAAUGAUAGAACAGAAUGCUCAUGAUAAGCGCAUAACCAAAAUGGUUGAUGACAUUGUGGAAUGGCAUCAAUUCUACUUAACAUUCAAUGAUAAUUGCAAUUUGCUAUUCUUUUGGACUAUCUCUGCGCAUAUUGUAUGCACUACAUUGGGCAUCUUGAGCACCUUGCUCAUAAUCAUGCUGAAGGAUUGGCCCGGUGCUUACGUGUAUAUACUGGUCUGCUUUCUUUGGUUGUAUAUGUAUUGCAUCUUGGGUACACGCAUUGAAACAUGUAAUGAUCAGUUUUGCUCUGGCAUCUAUGACAUUAACUGGUAUAGCCUUGAUGUACGCAAUCAGAAGGCCAUUCGUUUGAUGCUAAUGCAAUCGCAGGCGCCACGUAAUAUAACUAUUGCGGGAAUUGAGCCCUUAUCAGUGAGCACAGCACUUAAGAUUACUCGUACGAUUUACAGCAUCGUCAUGAUGGUGCUACGUUUUCAAAAUAAAUAA